AUGAAGUGGCUGUCCCUCAAGUCGUCAGUCCCACCCCUCCAGCUGCUACACCACAAAUAUACCUUGCGCCUCUCUAAGGACAGGAGUCAACCGGUAUCAUCGCUCCAACACCCAUCGACAUCGCUCCCGUCACUGCCCGACCAUGAGCCUGCCAGAAAUCUGCCUGCAGUUUCCAUCCGGAGCUCCCAGACACUACCUCGGAGCCUUGAUGAACGUCAAAUCACGGCGCGGGACAUCGACAACUGCUUCGCCAUCCUGAAGUUCGAGUUCCGCAUCUGUCCAGCGUUGGCAUCGAAACCUGCGACUGCCGAUGUAACCAACAACGCCGCCUUUGAGCACCUCCCUAAUUAUUGGCCUGGGAGUGACCUCGUCGACGCAGACCCAGCCCUCACUGUGACCAAGGUCCAUGGGACGCAUCUUCUGGUUCUGAACCGUUUCGCCGUCUUUCGACCACAGUACCUGAUCUUGACGCUCGAUUCGUUCAGAACCCACGGCCAACUGACUGAGUCACUCACUCGAUGGAUGCCAGUCGAUCAGGAUGACCCCCUACCAGCGUCUAGCCGCGAAUCCGUACUACCUCCUCUACCAGUAUUACUAACUCCGUCACCUAUGCAUUCGCCCGAUAUGCGCCAGCACGGACAUAACGCGACCGAGGAGGAAAAUGAGUCUGCAAAAGUAUGCGGGCUGGUUUCGGCCAGGGCCAUCUGUCCUGGACACGGCGUCAAUCAAACCAAAUGCCUGUUCACUCACGAAAACGGGCAUCCAAAGCCGUGUCUGAACGUGGACGGAUGGGUUCCCCCUGUCAAUGCCAACCACGAUGCUACGACCGACCGGGGACUCCAUGAACUGACAAUUGGGGCAAGACUGCUGCAUCUUUCGGAUCCAGCGAUGGGCUCCAGGGGCGGGGAGAAAUUGUCGGCAUUGCAGAAACACUGGCAGACUUCUUCAACGUGUGCUGACGACUCCAGCCCUAAUUAUCGAUACACUACCUGGCUUGAACAGAUAUUUCUACCUCAAGCGGCGACGGAAGAGACCGAACAGGGCCAGUAUCGAUUACUACUCCUCGACGGCCACAAGACUCAUGUUACGCAUGAAUUCAAGUGGAAAUGCUUCCAGAAUAACGUUGUGGUCUUCUAUUUACUACAUCUCGUGCCAGUGAAAAUGGUCAGACGUACUACCGUAUCUCUUCACUACGCCCAUAAGCCAUUGUGGCUCGACUUUCAGGACGGAUACGAUGGCAAUCGGAAGAGAUGA